AUGAAAGCCCCUUUCGAAAAGCUUUGGGCUUUUUUGGCGGGCAUUGCACAUCCAAAGCAAAAGGCCAAUAAUGCAGAUUCUCAUCAAAUCACCGAGAAUGACGACAAAGCCGAUUCAUUGCACGUGAGAAAAUCAUACCCUCAUGAAGGGCUUGACGAUCCCGAUGGUGGCUCUUAUGCUGCUCUUAGCGAAAUUGCAGCUCCCGAGCCCGUGGAUAGACUCUCAGAAGGGGAAUUGGCACAUCGUCGUUCUUUAGAACAACGCCUGUCACAAACGCCCCAUUCAAGUGCCGACCAUGGGAACGGAUGUGAAGCUUUGUGUGAGGUUGCAGAACCGGUGCCCGUGGAAAGGCAAUAA